CCGUUCCCUCUCCGCGCUCCCCCCACGGCUUUUCCCAGCCUCAAGCCAACACCAACUUGGGAAAGGGGGAAAAAAAAAAAAAAAAAAAAAAAAAAAAAAGUCGCAACAAUGCUGUUUACCCACUUCCUCCAAAAGGCGUGUGUGACCUGUUGCUGGAAGGGGAGCUACAAAGGCUUCCCAGUGGCUGCCUGGGCCGCCUCUGGGCCCGCCCCCCCCCGCCGAGCCGUCCCGGCGGCUCCGAGCCCCCGCCCCGUUUCAUGCAAAACCAGGGGUAGAGACUUGUCCUCAGUGGCGGAGCCGCCGAGCGCUGAUUGGCCGGGGCGAACACAUUUAUUCCCUGACAAGCCCCCAUCACAUGGAUGGUUGUCUAUUAACUUGUUCAAAAAAGUAUCAGGAGUUGUCAAGGCAGAGAGAGAGAGUGUGUGUGUUUGCAAAAGGGGGUAAAGUAGUUUGCUGGCUCUUUAAGACUGAGGUGGAGAGAGAGAGAGAGAGAGAGAGAGAGAGGCAGGCAGAGAAAAGGGAAAAAGGAGGAAGAAGAAGUUUUUUAAAAGCAAGGCUCCGGCGGUAAUAAUAGCAGUUAUUAGCAUUAUUAAUCCAUCAGCGAAGAGGAAGAUUCUGAUCGUGAUCCAAGUGUGGUUUUGGGGAGUCCCCCUCCCCCCUUUCAUACCCCUCCCUAGGAAAAAAAAAAAAAAAAGUCCGGCUUGGGACUUUGCUGCCGCUGCUCCUCGCUUCUCUGCUCAAGGCUGGUUCCAGGCAAAAGUAGUUUGAAUGUACAACAUGAUGGAAACCGAGCUGAAACCUCCCGCCCCCCAGCAAACUUCGGGGGGAGGCACAGGCAACUCCAACUCGGCCGCCAACAACCAGAAGAACAGCCCGGACCGGGUCAAGCGCCCCAUGAACGCCUUCAUGGUGUGGUCCCGCGGGCAGCGCCGGAAAAUGGCCCAGGAGAACCCGAAGAUGCACAACUCCGAGAUCAGCAAGCGGCUCGGGGCCGAGUGGAAACUUUUAUCCGAGGCGGAGAAGAGACCCUUCAUUGACGAAGCCAAGCGGCUCAGAGCUCUGCACAUGAAGGAGCACCCGGAUUAUAAAUACCGACCCCGGAGGAAAACCAAGACCCUGAUGAAGAAGGAUAAGUACACGUUGCCAGGGGGCUUACUGGCACCGGGCACCAAUACCAUGACGACUGGGGUAGGGGUUGGGGCCACCUUGGGAGCUGGGGUGAACCAGAGGAUGGACAGUUACGCGCACAUGAACGGCUGGACCAACGGAGGCUAUGGGAUGAUGCAAGAGCAGCUCGGCUACCCGCAGCACCCGGGCUUGAACGCGCACAACGCGGCGCAGAUGCAGCCCAUGCACCGCUACGACGUGAGCGCCCUGCAGUACAACUCCAUGACCAGCUCGCAGACUUACAUGAACGGAUCGCCUACCUACAGCAUGUCGUACUCCCAGCAAGGGACCCCGGGCAUGGCCCUGGGCUCCAUGGGCUCGGUGGUCAAGACGGAAUCCAGCUCCAGUCCCCCCGUAGUCACCUCGUCGUCUCAUUCAAGGGCUCCUUGCCAAGCUGGGGACCUUCGGGACAUGAUCAGCAUGUAUCUACCAGGUGCUGAAGUACCAGAACCAGCUGCCCCAAGCAGACUUCAUAUGUCCCAACACUACCAGAGUGCACCUGUUCCUGGCACAGCCAUUAAUGGCACACUCCCUCUAUCACAUAUGUAAGACAAAGGGGCUGGGGGGGCGGAGGGGCGGGGGGGUGGGGGGAGGAAAACUAAACAAAACAAACAAACAAAAAAAACUUUUAUUAGAAAUUCUGGACUUUUUUUUUUUUUUUGGACUAUUUUUGUACAGACAAACCCGGGGGCGGGCCCGGGCGCCAGAACUAAAACCGACGAGGAACUUGUAUAGAGCUUGGAGGGGAAGCAACUACACAAAACUUUUAAAAAGUUCUAGUGAAAACGGUAGGAACUUUGCAGAAAGUUUGCAAAAGUCUUUACCAAUAAUAUUUAGAGCUAGACUCAAAGAGCGAAGAGGAAAAUGUUUUAAUAUUUGCAGGCAACUUUUGUACAGUAUUUAUCAAAAUAAACAUGGCAAUCAGAAUGUCCAUUGGUAAUAUAGAGAGGAAAAAAAAAACAAACUCGAGAAUUUGCCAAUUAUUUUUUAAAAAUAUAGUCUACUUGGAGCAUUGUGGCUUUGGCAGCUGAAUUUAUAGCAGCUGCGAGAGGAGAGGAAAUUAUUUUACAGCAUUUGGACAUUUAAAUUGUUUUAGAAAUUGUACAAAAGGCAAAAACGGUAGGACGAGUACUUGCGAACCAUGGGCUUGGUUUGCUGUAAAAGGGCAAACGUUUAGAUGUAUUAAUUUUUUUUUUUUUUUUUUUUACUUCUUGUUAAAAAACAAAAAUUGCCAUGCAGGUUCACACGCCGUUUGUUAAUUUAUAAUAACUUUUUGUUUCCAGACUUCAUCCUGUUCAAAGAAAAGAAAAAAAAAUACCAACCUGAAAUUACUGUGUUUGAAAUAUUUUCUUAUGGUUUGUAAUAUUUCUGUAAAUUUAUUGUGAUGAUAUUUUAAGUUCUUUUUUUUUUCCUCAUUUUCCGUAGUUGUAUUUUAAAGAUUCGGCUCUGUAUUAUUUGAAAUCAGUCUGCCGACAGUCCAUGUAUAUAUUUGAACUAAUACCAUCCUUAUAACAGGUACAUAUUCAAGUUAAGUUUUUACUCCAUUAUGCACAGUUUGAGAUAAAUAAAUUUUUGACAUAUGGACACUGAA